AUGAGUGAGAGAGACAUACAAAGCCUGAGCAAAUGGGUUUUCGUGCUCACUCUCUGCCUUACCACGCUGUGGGGAAGACUGACGCUGGCCUCCACCCAUCACAGAAGCCAUUCAGUGCACGUAGAGCCCGGCACGUGCGAAGUCAUUGCAGCUCACAGGUGCUGCAAUAAGAACAAGAUCGAGGAGCGCUCCCAGACGGUGAAAUGCUCCUGCUUCCCAGGGCAGGUGGUGGGGACGACGCGGGCGGCUCCCUCCUGCGUGGAUGCCUCCAUCGUGCUGCAGAAGUGGUGGUGCCAGAUGGAGCCCUGCCUCGACGGGGAGGAGUGCAAGGUGCUGCCCGACCUCUCGGGCUGGAGCUGCAGCAGCGGCAACAAAGUGAAGACAACCAAGGUAUGUCCCCUGGCGGGGUCACGCGAUAGCCUCCGUGCGGCUCGGCGGCGGCUGACGGGCCUCGGCGCGGGUCCCGGUGCUCUGCAGGGCGGUGAGCGGCGGGACGUGGCCCGGCGGGUACCGGAUCAGAGCAUCCCCUGA